AACAGUUGCCGGUCGAAAACCCCAUGCAGAAAGAAAGGACAGCCACAAACCUCACGGAACCGGCAUUUUGUUGUUGUAGUUAGUUUAUUUGUGGCAAAUUCUUCGUGUUAAGCACCUUUACACCAGAGGGCUUCUGUCGGCCUUCUCGCAGCAAAAUGCCCGAGCUUGAGGUCGCUGAGUCAGCUCCUGCAGCGUACGAUGCUGGGUAUGUUGGAGCAGACCCUACACAGCCGGUACAGAGGAAAGGAAUUUUGACAUCACUCAGCGGCAAGUCUAUGGAAAUUCCCGAGAAAGACCUGCUUGGACGAUGUAGAUUUGUCACAGAGUUUGAGAAGUUGAAUCGUAUUGGGGAAGGAACUUACGGUGUUGUUUAUCGUGCUCGUGACACUGUAAAUGAUAGAGUAGUGGCUCUCAAAAAGGUGCGAAUGGAACAGGAGAAAGAUGGACUUCCUGUCAGCAGUGUGCGAGAGAUUUCUGUUCUGUUAACAUGCCAACACGAUAAUGUUGUGCGAUUGAAAGAAGUUGUGGUUGGGAAAAGUUUGGAAAGCAUAUUCCUAGUGAUGGAGUAUUGUGAGCAAGAUCUGGCUAGUCUGUUGGAUCAUAUGCAGACUCCAUUUUCUGAAUCACAAGUCAAGUGUAUAAUGAUUCAAGUUUUCCGUGGCCUGCAGUAUUUGCACAAUAAUUUCAUUGUGCAUCGAGAUCUUAAAGUUUCUAAUCUGCUCAUGACUGACAAAGGAUGUGUCAAGAUCGCUGACUUUGGCCUAGCUAGAUGGUACAGUGUACCUCAUGGUGAGAUGACUCAGAAAGUAGUAACUCUGUGGUACAGGGCACCAGAAAUUCUGCUCCAGGCACCUUAUCAAACAACUGCAGUUGAUAUUUGGGCAGCUGGGUGCAUCACUGGAGAACUCCUAGGUCACAGACCUCUUCUGCCUGGUCGGUCAGAAAUUGGGCAGCUGGAGCUGAUUGUUGAUCUGUUGGGAACCCCAUCUGAUACUAUUUGGCCUGAAUUUUCAUCUUUGCCAGCUGUUCAGAAUUUCACACUUCGCCAGCAACCUUACAAUAACCUAAAGCAGAGGUUCCCAUGGUUGUCAUCCAGUGGCUUGCGCCUCCUAAAUUUCUUGCUCAUGUACGACCCCAAGAAGAGGGCAACAGCUGAAGAGUGCCUAGAAAGCUCUUACUUUAAGGAGGCUCCUUUACCUUGUGAGCCGAAAAUGAUGCCAACAUUCCCUCAACAUCGAAACCUGAAACACAAGGCACUGCCCCCCAAUUCCAAUGAGGAGCCGGCAUCGUCACUAACCAACAACUUGCCUAUCUCUGACCUUCUUGGAUCUUUGGUGAAGAAACGCAAGGUCGAAUGAUAUUCACCAAGGGCAGCUUUCCCAGAUGGCAGCCACACUGCUGAUGAAAACGGGAAGGAUCUGCCGACUCUGUCCAAAGUCAGGCAACUAGAUGAAGAAAUCAUCCUGAUGAUUGGAGUCGAAGAUGGUGAGGCCGUCAGCGAAAAAGAAGAUGGUGAAUUAAGCAGCAGCGAAGAUGAGCUCCUCGAUUAGUCUUCGAUGUGCUUAAAAUACUUCUUCUUGUGUGUGCAGUUUUAUGGGAAAACUUUUAAUCUUUUGUAUAUUUUGAGACAGUUUCAAUAAUGUUUUUCAUUUAUAUUGGCAAUGAAUUAUUGUACAGUUGGUUGGCUUUGUGUACUAUGACUCAAUUGAUACUCCUUGCUUCUGUUUUAAAAAUGAAAAUGUAAGGUGGAAACCAAACAUCAACUGUUAAAUGAUUGUCAGACAAGCCGAUACAAUUCAAAGUGCCGAGCAUCAAUCUAUUUGUUUAUGUCUUAGUUAGUAUCAAAUAGUGUUUUGAAUGAACCAAAGGCAAAUGGUUGUCUUCAAUUGGUUUUAAUGUCAGAACCAAAUUUUCAUUAGAUAAUUAUUUUAAUUUUGAACUUCUGAAUCAUGUAUUUUUGGCUUGGUCAAAAGUCAAUUUUCUAUCAUCAAUGUUUUUGUUUUUCAUGUAGUUAAAUUAACUACACUUUGUAAUGGUGGAUGGCAAUGAUAUGACCGAAGUCCAGUUUUAAUUUGUAAUGAUACUAUGUAAGAAUGUGUCGGAAUGAAGUUAGUAACGAAUCCUGGCUAAGAUUAACAUUACGUUUGUUUUAAGUAUCCUUUCUGUUUCCUAUUGUCAGGCUUACUCAUUGUGCAAACUCUUGUUCAUUUCAAGUUUCUGAGAGACAUAGCUGAUUGAUUUCUUCUUGAGUCUUACUACUUUGCCUAUGAUGUGAAUUCAUUCAACUCAAAUAUUUUAUUUCUCCAAAUAAAUAUGCAUCUGUGUUAA